AGCCACUGUUCACAAUCGUUCAACUGCAGCAGCUGCAGUCGCAAAAGUUUUUGUUAAAAAGAACGAAAGCUGAAUAAAUAAAUAGUUGAUACGACAAUGACAACCAGCGCAAAAUGGCGAGCUUCAGCCAGCAUAAUUUUGGUUUCGCCUGGAGCAACAUCAGGUGAGGAUUACAGUCUGCUUAUGCUUAAGCGUAGUGAUGCCACAGCUAUAGCACCAAACCAUAGUGUUUUUCCCGGUGGUCUGCUGGAUACGGAGGGAGAUGAGAGUGUCGCCUGGCUAGAAUAUCUUGAUCACUUCGGCGUCCCAGAAGAGCAGCUCCGUCGUCUUGUAUUAGUUAAUGAUCAGAGGCCGGCGUUGUUGGCGCCCCAGGGCACUGGUUGCUAUGAUCGAUUCUUUAAGCGAUCGAAAAUCUGGGCACGAGAGAUAACGCUACGUUUAACUGCACUGCGCGAGUGUUUUGAGGAAGUGGGUAUUCUAUUGUGUCGCAACCGUGAGCAACUGACCGAACUUGAUGGAGACGAUCUGCCCGCACAUUUCCAGCAAAACUUUGACCGCGAGACGUGGCAGCGGCGGGUGCAUAAAAAGCCCAGUGAUUUCCUGGAGCUGUGCCGUGAACUGCAAGUGAUUCCGGAUCUUUGGGCGCUACACGAGUGGUCUGCUUGGGCCACCCCAGCUUUUUUCAAUAAACGUCAUGAGACGGUUUUCUUCAUGGCCUUCUUGAAUACGCAACCCAGCCUACAAGUUGAGCCGUCUGAGGUCAAGGAGUGCCUGUGGCGCUCUCCCACGGAACUUUUAAAGUUGUUUCAGUAUGAAGAGCUUUAUUUUCUGCCGCCACAAAUCUACGAGCUGUCGCGACUGUUAAGCAUCCGGGAUUACCGUAAGCUGCAAGCAUUUACAGUGCAGCGCAGUAAACUGGGAACCACUAUGUUUUUACCUGUUUGUUAUCACUGCACCGAUAAUAUGGUAUACGUACUGCCAGGUGACGAUUUCUAUAUACCCGAGCCACACUUGGCCACGGAAUUUAUCAACUUUGCAGGCACAGUAGAAGAGUUCAAAUCUCGCUCUAAGUGUCUACAUCGCUAUGAGAAUGUUGAUCAAUCUGCAAUUAAAGUGUACUUAAAUUUCCAAACAUUUAACGGACAUUUGGCUCCUCAGAACUUACCAAUAGAGCUGCACAAGCUUUAACGCAUUUUGUGCUUAGAAAAUGUAUCUUUAGAGCUUAACAUUUAAAAAUGAUUUAUUAUUUUUAACCGGUGGUAGGCACGUCAUGGAUUUUGUUGUAGUGCUACCGAUUGAAAAUUUUGAGCCCACCACUGUUGUAGUUUCAGGAUUGUUUUUAAUUGUAUAGUCAAAUAGUCAAUAACCAAGAAUUAACCUGUCAUAUUUAGUACCGGAUCCGAAACCGAAAUCAAUCUUUUUUCAAGACCCAAAAUUUGAAAUUUUAGUGCCGGUACGACUUCGGUACAUUUUGCCAGACCUGAUUGCUGUUUUCUGUAUGUAUUAUUAUAACUUUGCUUUAUAUUAAGAUAUUCGAUAACAUUUAAGAUAGGUUUGGCUAAAUAAAACGUAUUAAUAAAUACAUGCUUUUUAACA